AUGGUACUGGAGACGGUAGGUGGAGGUAUGACACUGAAGUCGACCACUAUCUUAGAGCUUACUGAAAAGAGUUAUGAGGAUGGUAGACUGGUAGAAAGCUUAUACCAAGAUCAUAGUGAUAUUGAGAAUGCUAUGAAUGAGGAUGAGGAUGAGAAUACUAAUGAGGAUAGUGAUGAUAAUAGUGUAGAGUGUGAAUCUACUAUUGAGAUAUCUAGUGAAUCAGAGGCAGAGCCUGAAACUAACAAUGAGGUUAAUAGCAUUCUACAACAAGAUGAUGAGAAUAUGGAGUAUGAUUAUGAUCCUGAAGAUGACAUGGAUGAUCCUGAAGAUCAAAAUUUCACUCCAGAGCACUACAACGAAAUGAACGAUCAUCGUGAUGUCUUUAACAUUUGA